AAAGACCAAGCAGAUUAAAAAGUGAUUUUCUAAAUUAUAGAGUAUUAGACAGGAAGUUCAUUGAAUAACGGUUGAACUAAGUCCCCGUCACCGGCAACGUUGACAGAGGAAGUGAAUGUUAAGAUGGUGGUGGAGAUUAGACCACUGUUAAUAAAAAAGUACUUUGGUGGUGAAUGGAAUACUGAAUACAUUUUUGAUAACCACAUACAAUGAUAUGAACAUUCAAUUCGCUAUGAGUUUAAUUACUGAGAAUGGCACCGAGGUGUAUAACUGUAACGGUUUUCUUCUGGUGAAAGAGAGGCGGACCAAAAUGCAGCGUGGUUAGUUUUGUACAUCUUUAAUAAAGAUGAAAGUACAACAAUCUACAAAACAAGAACCGUGAAAAAACCAAAACAGUCCUAUCUGGUGCCACAAACACAAAGACAGGAACAAUCACCCACAAAAACCCAACACAAAACAGGCUACCUAAAUAUGGUUCCCAAUCAGAGACAAUGACUAACACCUGCCUCUGAUUGAGAACCAUAUCAGGCCAAACAUAGAAAUAGACAAACCAGACACACAACAUAGAAUGCCCACCCAGCUCACGUCCUGACCAACACUAAAACAAGGAAAACACACACGAACGAUGGUCAGAACGUGACAAUAACUUGGAACAGAGUCGAUGGGAAUUAACACAUAGUGUAGAGUGUAGGAUAUCCUGCACACUGUUGUUCCAUGGAAGUAGGAGUCCCAGCAAACAUGCCCACAUUGGCACGAUGUGGGCCCAAUGCAGGUUCAAAUAUUGUCCCCAUGUAGGCCGCUCACAUUCGACUGAUGCGACUACACCGUACAAUAACAUACUACACUGCAGUAUCCCUCAUGUGUAGGAGUUACUAUAGAAUUUUGUCGUAUACUGUAGAUACUACAGUAAUACUACAGUAAUGUCUUCAAAAACACUACGGUCUGCAAAACCACUACUAAAUACUACAGUAUUUCAUUUGCUCAUACCCUGCCCAUUCCCCUCCCCAUAUCCCCAUUUGGUACAUGCAAGUUGUAAAAAAUAGCAGAAGCGCUGAACAAUCUGUUCAGACCCCAGUCCUACCUACAGGUUAUGAAAAUGUGCUAUUUUACUAUUUCUCCAGUAAUACUAAUAGAGCAAAAGAGAAAGCCUCCAGUUCUAUGUCAAAGAUAAUACAACUAAAAUAAUAUGGUAAAUACUACAGUAUAUUACAAUCUUCAAAAAUACUACAUUAAUUACUACAGUAUAUUACAAUCUGCAAAAACACUACAUUAAUUACUAUAGUGUACACUACAGUUCUCUUUUACUACAGUAUUUAUACUAUAGUUAACUGUAAAUACUACAGCAUACCACAGUAAAUACUACAGUAUUCAUUGUAGUGUUUUUGCCCCAAAAAAUUCUGUGUUUUUGAUGUGGGUUAGCCUGUGCUGGACUUGGUGUGGGUUAGCCUGUGUUGGGCUGGUGGGGGCUUUUUGUGGCUAGCAUGUGUUAGGCUGAUUUGAGUUUGGUCUAGCCUAUGCCUGUGUUGGGUUGGUCUCGGCUGGCCCGUGUAAGGCUAAUGUGGGCUUGGUGUGGGAUAACCAGUGUUGGGCUGGUGUGAGCUUGGUGUUGGCUAGCCUGUGUUGGGAUGGUGUGGUCUCGGUGUAUACAAGUGUUGGGCUGGUGUGGGCUACCAUGUGCUGGGCAGGUUGGGCUUGAUGUGGGAUAGCUAGUGCCCACCUUACCCACCGAAUACUCACAUGGGCCAAUGGGGUCAUAUUUGCUGGCUUCCUGGCUUCUAUGGCAACAGACCAACAAAUACACACAGCUUACAGUAGCUUUAUACAGUGGGUGAGGAAUCAGGGCAAAGGGUUUCAAAAUGCCUUCUAUCCCAUUCACUAGGAAAUCACUUUAAAAGUGUAUGCUUUUACAGUAUAUGUAUGUUAAUUAGUUUGUAAGAUGCGUAGUUCAGCAGUGUUUUAGCUGUAUUAGAUCGAGCUGAAAUGGUCUUUUAACUGUAUUAGAAAUACGUAUUUUAAUUACUUCUGAGUAUUUUGUCAUUUGAAUUACACUGGGCUGAACUACAAUCCAAUGUAUUCGAUAUUUGGUAUUCUCAAAAUACUGUCAUUUGUAUUUUCAAAAUGCAAAAUACGUUUACAUUUUGUGGCCCCUCGCUUUUCAUCCUGCAUUGGUAUCAGAAGUCUAAUUGCACUAUGGCGUAAUAAAAGCUUCUGUUACAUGACAAAUGUAAAUGUAUAUGUAAAAGUGAACAAUUGCAAAGCAUGCUGAGUACUAUUCUAAUGAGCUCCGCCCCUGAAAUGAGUUCAAAAAGAAUACCCAGUGUGCUUUGCAGUUUAUUUUGGUGUGUUCAUUUUCAAUUAUACAUUUCGAUUUUGGUCAUUUAGCAGACACUGUUAUCCAGCUUGACUUGCUUCAACUAAGGUAGAUAAACGACAACAUAUAACAGUCAUAGCAAGUAAAACGUUUUUGUAACAGUUACUGAGAAUUUUGUUGCUGUUCGGCCCAUCUACUUCCAAAUGUAUUUUUGUAUUUUGAAAUGCAAAAACCAUAUAUAUUUUUUUAAAUACUGUACAAUACAAAAUACAAGUCUGGUAUUUUGUUUGUAAAAAUUAGUAAUUCAGCAGGGUUUUAACUAUAUCAGAUCAAGCUGAAAUUGUCCCUUGAUCUUGACAGUAUUUUGUAUCAGUAUUUUGUAUCAGUAUUUCUUCAUUGUAAUUCAGUAAUUUUUGCCUGGUUUUCAUUCAUCAAACUUAAUCUUAUUUUGACUGAAACGUUGUUUGUUUCCGGAACAUUCUCCCUGUAGACUGGACAUGACAAAAACCUGUUGAAAAUAACCAAGAUCAACUGGAACAAACGACAGCUCCACGUAAAAAAUAACAUUGUCUUUGUUUAACAAAGCUUCAUUCAAAUGUGGCCUUCGUUAAACCCAAUAGAAAGCAAGGAACAAAGUCCUGACCAACAACCAUUGGCUUUAUCUCAAAUCAAUCAACUAUUUUUGAACCUCCCUCUGAACACAGCCUCUGAGCACCCUAUACGUCUCUGAUUCACGGCCAUGCCUCGCACUCAUGUGAUUUGCAAAGAGAAAAUACAUGCAAUACAUUAGUUGGAUUGGUUGAUAUUCCAGUCUUAUCUGUGCUGUACUUAGUAAUAGCCUAGGGGAAAGGUUACUCCCUCCUUGCCACAGGAAUUAUCAGCCUUUGCAGGAGUCAUCAGAUGCCAUCAGAUGCAAAUCUCUUUUCCCUCCACUGUGAGAGAGUCUCAACAUAGCUACCUGUCAUGGCAGGCAAAGUGAUACCAACCCUACCCAAUGCUGGAGGGGGGGUGAUUCUCAUGGACAGUGAACUCAUGGACUCACUCUCAUUUCUAGAUGUCUUGAGUGCAAGUGAGUUUGAAGGAGAACAAAUCGACCCAGCAGUUGCUUUGGAGACUGAGACAGAUUUUUACAAGGGAACCCCACCUAAAUGGAUGAACUUUUACCUGGCCGAUGAGAGGGAAAACUCUGACAGCAGUGCCACACCUACAGGAGAAAAAAAGGACAUUGAAUGUAUCAGAAGAGAUGGUUAUGAAAAGCUGAAGGAACUCAUCAAGUUACAGAGACAGGGCAGUUGGAGUGUAAACAGUAUUAAGCUGUUGCACCAGCCAGGCAGUGGAGGAACCACCCUGGCCAUGCAAAUACUCUGGGACCUGAGGAAAGAGCUCAGGUGUGCUGUUCUAGUCGACCCGUCUUCUGACAAGAAAGAUUUGGGCAAACAAGUCCAGAAAGACCCCCUGUCGGACACCAGGAUUAUUGCUAAACAGGUGGUCGAACUUUUUGCUACCGGUGAUCCAGAAAAGCAGAAUACAGUGCUUCUUUUGCAGGACAAUGAACACCUGAGGGACCACUUACAGGAAUUCCUCAUCAGAGAAAUAACAGAGCAAAAAAUCAGUGCUCAAUUCCCAGUGGUCAUCGUUCUACAAUGCAUACGCUCGACCUGUAUCAUAGACGAUGAGGAGGAUGAGAGUAGAACUGAGGCAGAUUUACUCCUGAAAUCACGUCUUUCUGACAAAGAGAAAACACGCUUUGUUAGCAAAGACAAACUAGUACAGAGGCAUCACAGAGACGAGAUGGGGAAGUUUCACGGCUUUAACAUAAUGCUAAAUAAUUUCAAUGAAGAAUACACGAGAAAAACAUUUUGUUCGGAAGAGGGAAAAGAAAUCAUCAAAUAUCUUCAGCAAAACAAAGUCUCCCGCAACACCAAACUCUUUGCCUUUUUAGCUCUGGUGAACUCCUAUGUCCCUGGCUCCUACCUCUUACAGUCACAAUGUGAGGCAUUCCUCAGCCAUCAAGACCCCUUUGGUGUGAACUUGUCAUUUGAGAAACGCAUGCAACCUUUCAGUGAUCUCAUAGUCACAUUCUCAAGACAUGGAGGAGAAGACAAGAGAGUCCGCAUAGCACACCCAGUACUUGCACAGCAAUGUGUUCAGUUGCUGGCAGAUGCUGGUAUCGCUAGGAGCUCAGCAACACUGGCCUUUCUGCAGUACUUAACCAGACAACAAAUUCAGCCAUCCUUGUUACUGUUCUUCAAAGACAUGUUAACAAAGAGAGAAACAACCUCAAAUGGCCAAGAGAUCUUUUCCAGGUUAAUUCUAGAUAUUGAGAAACAUGAAGGCAUUCCCGAAUGUGCGAAUGUGUUGAAAACCGCAUCAGAAACAUUUAAACAUGACCCGUUCUACCCUCAAUCUCUUGCACGUUUUUACUACAUCAAAAUGUCUGAUUUUACAAGAGCUGAGAUUUGGGCUGAAAAAGCUAAAGAGAGAGUUCCCACCAACUCAUUCAUUGCUGAUACACUGGGACAAGUUCAUAAGAACCAUUUGUAUAAACAAGUCAAUGGCAAAUCAGGUGAAAAAUCAGGGACCAGAGAUAUUUUGUUUUGGGCAGAGAAAGCCAUCAAGGCUUUCAAACAAGAGGAGGAGUUAGCUGAAAGGGAAUCAGUGAAUCACAUGGAGGGUGACAGUCCAACGAAAAUGUAUCACACCUUCAACAACAGGGGAAUCUUUGGUUAUCUACAGGUUGCUAACAUUGUUUAUAAUUCCCUCACAAAUCUCAACCCAAAAUGGAGGAAAAUCCUUACCCAGGAAAUAUCAGCUGAACAUCUCUCGAUACUGUCUGAGGACAGAAAGCUCAUGAAGUACCAGACUUUCAUCACCAGCCUCAGAGUUGCGGUUGAAAGGAAAUUUUACAAUUUUUUUGAGAGUUACCUCACUUACUCUGAGCCCAGGAACUGGAAGGAUCAGACACCAUACUUUCAGCGAGACAUUGUUGAUUGUUUUUGCAAGUAUACAAGUGCCCCCAGUCCAAAAGAGGAACUACCAUUAAAGACACUCAAAGAAAAAAUGGCCUCUACCUUUCCUGGCCUCUCCACCCUCAAUCGAAAUGCCAACUUGAGUAAAAUCACAGAGCUGUGGAAAAUAAUCAAUAAAGAAAACCCUGACGAUGUCAACACUGCCUGUAAUUACAUCCUGGCCAACAUCCUCCAGACCAAUGGGCCAGUGGCAUCUCCAGAACCUGCAACUCUACCACAACUUAGAGCCAUUCUUCAGAAAUUCAUGGAGAAAGAAAAUACCACACUUUGGACUCCAGAGUUUUACCUCCUUGUCCUUCUACUGUUUUGGCCCGAGGAGGCAAGAGAGGGCGAUGUCACCAAUGACAUUGAUCUUAACAAGUAUGUUGAGUGCAUGAAACAGGCCUUUGACAACAAAUACAAGAAGUACCUACAAUCUAGGGAACUUGUGCCCUUGUUUUACCUGGGUAAAGGUGCUGGGUUGAAAAGACUUGUUCACAAAUCAAGCAUAGACGACAUCUGUGUGGAUCUGAAAAAAAGGAAAUCAAGGACUCUCAAUAAAACAAGAGGCAGUGCAGAGAUCAGGGACACUUGCAUUCAGGAUCACCUUCUUCGUGUCAAUGGAGUGGUCAGAGUGCAUAAAGCAUUUGCCCGUAUGGCAGAUAAAGAGAUCGAGAUUUGUCCCCAGAAGCAGGCCAGUGUGUGGAAGGAUGGCAACAUCUCAUUUUACCUUGGCUUCAAUAUCAGUGGCCCUCAAGCUUUUGACAUAAAGUACACAAUGCCCACAGUGGGAUCUGGAGGAAAUGUUCAGAAACAAAGGGAUGAUGCCAUUGGAUCAGAGGGAACCAGAAUGGAAGAAUCAAAAACAUUCAAUCGAGGGAUUCCAAAGGGGUUUAAGACUUCUAGCCACAUUCAUACCCCAACUCUUUGGACAGAACCUGAAUGGAAAAACAUCCAUCCACAAUUGACAAAAACCCAUUACAGGCUCCAGUGCCCUCAUGCAGGCCUGUUCCAGUGCAGGUUGACAGGGCUGAUGUUUCUGAUGGAGGGGGAGGGGGAGGUGCUUUACAGGACUGUCCAAUGGGACGACAGUCUCCUGCACUCCACAGGCCGGACACCUGCCGGACCUCUGUUCAGCAUUGAGUGUCCUCGGGGAUCUGUUCGUCAGUUACACCUCCCACACUGUGAGAUUUCCUCUGGGAAAGGCUUUGAUUCCUUAUCUGUGGCCCAUGUUACUGGUGACAGUGUGGAAGUUUUGCAGCCAGUCAGGGUGACUGACUCACAUGCGGUGGUGGACAUCACAGACCUUUCCUUUUGGGGCCUGCUAUCCUACAUAUUCUCAUCCUCAGUGGAAGGCCAAGUGUUGCUGUUCCACAAACCACAACUUCGCAAGUCAACUCUGAACGUACAUUUACUUCCAGUGAACGUGCCUGUCAUUGAGGUGGAGAAGCUACAGCGGGCCUGCAGAUACAUUCAGAUCGCCUCAAACUGCCCGCUUACCUGUGGGGAAACAUACAAACUCUGCUGUGAUUCUGCCAUGAAAAACAAGAUACAACCAUUGAAGGAAACGUUUCACCGUGACUACGGCCCCAACCACCACCCCACCUUCCAGGUGUUCCUGGAGGCUGGCACAGAGGAUGUGGAGCUUAGGCUUCUGAAGAGAGGGGAUGAGGAGGUAUGGAUACGCCAAGUGCCACUAACCGAUACCCCCCCGGAUACUGCAUUGAUUGGUGGGCAGGAGGUCGAUGCUAUGGAGCAGCUGAAGUCUGUGAGGCAGAAGUUUGCGGAAACGGUAUCAGAGCCUAUAACUAAAUGUCUCCUGGACGGGCUCCUGCAGAAGAAUGUGAUCAAUGAUUAUGAAAUGGAGUCAGUAAACGUAAACGCUGAGAGGGCAGACAAGGCACGCGCCAUCAUCAAAAUGGUGCUUAAAAAAGGACCUUCGGCAUGUUUGACAAUGAAAACACUUCUGUGGGAAUUAGACCAAUUCUUAUGCUCAGACCUGGGUUUGAGCUAGAACACUGUUGGAGAAUGAGACAACUUGUUGAGUAUACCCAUCUCCCGGCAUGAGUCUCUUGGCAAACAGUUACAGAUGUAAGAUCUUAAUUUGACCACCUCUGUUGCAGAACUGUCCUUUAAAACUUGAAGUGUAUUUUAUGUUUAAAAAAGCUUCUAAAGUUUGUAAUUUCCAAAUUUCAGACUUGAUUUUACCUUGUGUAUUAACCUCUACAAAAUGUACUUUAAAUGUCCAUUAAUAUAAUAUAAUAUAUUAAUAUUAAUAUAAUAUGAUAUUUCACAUUUCUUGUUGCUGCAGGAUUAUUUUCCUGCUGUUGGAGACUGGCUCAAAUUAAAAGAGGUUAAGGAUCUGUCCCUUUUUUUCCAAUUUUCGCUUUAAAUGACAUACCCAAAUCUAAUUGAGGGUAGCUCAGGUCCUGAAGCUAAGAUAUGCAUUAUCUUGGUACCAUUUGAAAGGAAACACUUUGAGGUUUGUGGAAAUGUGAAAUGAAUGGAGGAGAAUAUAACACAUUAGAUCUGGUAAAAGAUCAUACAAGAAAAAAACAACUGCUUUUUUGUACCAUCAUCUGUGAAAUGCAAGAGAAAGGCCAUAAUGUACUAUUCUAGCCCAGGUGCAAUUUAGAUGUUGGCCACUAGAUGGCAUCAGUGUGUGUGAAAAGUGUUAGACUGGUCCAAAAUGAACCAUUGCAUUUUUGUUGCAAAUGUUGUAUCAAGACUGCCCAAAUGUGCCUAAUUUGUUUAUUCAUAAUUUUUCAUGUUCACAACUGUGUACUCUCCUCAAACAAUAGCAUGGUAUUCUUUCAUUGUAAUAGCACCUAUAAAUUGGACAGUGCAGUUAGGUUAGCAAUAAUUUAAACUUUCUGCCAAUAUCCGAUAUGUCAAUGUCCUCGGAAAUGUUCUUGUUACUUACAACCUCAUGCUAAUCGCAUUAGCCUACGUUAGCUCAACCGUCCAGCAGGGGACCCACCAAUCCCAAAUCAGUUUUAAGAUCCUACAUCUGUUCACAGAGAUGUCAUCACCCGGACUCGCAGAAUACCACUUCACAUUCAACACUGUACUGAGACAAAACUCUGUUAACAAUGUUAACAUGUUUAAGAACGCCUGCUAAAUGGCCAAAGUAUACAUUUUUUAAAAGUUGGAACUGUAUUGUUGGAAGUCUUUAACAAAAUGUACAAAUUGUAAACAAUCAACAUGGAAGUUGUUAAAAUGAACAGUUGGUCAUUAGCCGUUUACCAGCUCUUGUGGUAUAUCCGUGCGAGCCAGUGCAUGCUAGCACUAGAGAAACUUGAAAAAUGUUAGUAUCAACAUUGACUCAACACGCGAUUCUGUAAAUAAGAACGUCUGGCUGACAUUUUGUAUAUUGUUCAAUUCCAGCCAACCAAAAUGAACCACAUUUAUAAGGAAACAUUGUAUUGUUAUUAAAGUGAAUAUUGAUAAUGUAUUUUAUUUUAUUUUUUACUUAUGUUUGUGAAUUGGAGGCCUGCAUGAAAAUGUUUUUUAUUUUCUUACAAUAGAUCCUAGUGCUCGAUACACUACGUUUAUGAAUGUUCUCUCACAUGCUGUAAAUAAAAAUGAUAAAGAAAUGUAAUCAUCGAA